GCGGCGCUGUGGGCCGGCCGGGCGGGCGGCUAUGGCGGAGCGGCGGAAUGCGGCGGCCGAGGGCCUGUCCCGCCUCUCCGAGUGGGCGGACGCGCACCUCGGCCUGCUGCGGAACCUGAGCACCGGGAUGGCGGUGGCCGGGGUGCUGGUGCUGGCUCGCAGCGUCCGUAUGACAACAAAGUUUACACGUGCUUCGGAUAUACCUGUGGCGUUUGUAGAAAAGAAUGUGAAAUUGCGGGGAAAAUUACAUCAUAUAACUGAGAAAGGCCUGGAAGUUGAACACAUUCCCAUUAGCGUUCCUUUCAUUACGUCAGUACAGAGAAAAUGGCAAUCAAAAGGUCUUCUGCUGGUGAGGCUUGCUGGGGUGAAGUUGGCUCCAGGUGGCAUGGCCUGGUUACAGCAAGAGUUAAAACCCAAACAAAUGAUAUGGUUCCAACUUCUCGGACGGGAGAACUCGUCCCUCGAGUGCCUUGUUUUAGUAAAUAAGGGUCAAUUUCUCAGCGUGUGCUUAAAUGAAGAGAUCUUGAGACAAGGGCUUGGCAGAACAGCACGUAUUGAAGGACUACACCAUGACUCCCGCCUGUACUGGAAACUUCACAAAAGACUGCUUCAAGCAGAGCUAAAGGCCUUGAAGAAAAAUAAAGGAAUAUGGAGAGAAGAAAGCUACUCUGAAAGAAUUAGAGAUCGUAUAAGUAACAGUAAAUUUGUACAGACAGUGAAACAAUUUGCGAACUGGUUAGGAGGCUCUAUUAAAAGGUAAAAAGGGAGACCUGCUUGGAGCAAUGCCAGUUACCAAUGUUAUGUGCUUUAUGUAAAGUAGAAGUUUAUGAUAAAAAACAGUGCCAUAUUUUUGAGGGUCCCUAUCCUGAACAGAAAACCCAUAGUUACUUAAUGCCGUAUUAUAAUUGAGAUGGGACUGAAAUUUUGUAGUAGUAUGCAGGCCACAAAUUAAAAUGUUCUGAAGCAAAAUUUUUCUACAAUAAUGUCCUGAAUGAGUUGUCCACUUUUCCACCUGCUGCAUACCUACACAGCUGUGUUAAUGAACUAGUGAAAGCAGUCAACAGUCUAGUUUUUAAGAGGUACAGAGUUAGUUCACAGUAUAUGGCCUUAAAUGCUUCUCUGUUACAUGUCAUUACUACGUAGCCCACAUUGGUUAGAAAACUCUGUUUCAGACCUUUACAAAGCUUGUGGUAUGUGUUUACACACAAGCAUUUUGUUUGAGUUCUAUUCUUUUAUGCAUAACUUGUGUUUUAAAAAUCUUUCAUCCUGAAUAAUGGGUUGCAUUGUUAUCGAUAUAAAAGGUAAUUUGUUAUGGCUGAUCUUAAAAAGCUGGUCAUAACAAUAUGACAUAAGGUCAUAACAACUAAAGUUUCUCAGGGAAAAAAAAAUCACUUGGUAUAUCAAAGAAUAUAAAUUAAUAUGUCAGUAAUCCAAAUUUUUAGAAGACAACAUUCACUUGAAGAGGAAAACCCUAUGCUGUUUUUUCUCAUGGAUUUAUAAAUACCUAAAAUUAGAUGAAAAUAGAACUUGAACAUGGAAUUUGAAAAGGUGGACUAUACCAUGUUAAGAACUUAAAUUCCUGUUCUUGUUUUAUUUAUGAAACAGGUGUUUAGUAUAUGAGAAUGUCUUAUUUAUUUUGUAAAUAUUCUCAGAAUAAAGAUUGAAUUUCUUAUGUUCGUUGUUACAUGUUUUAUAUACCAAGCACCUGACCUUUGUUUAACAUCCCACAGUCGCAAUGUUUAUUUAAAGUGAAGUGUUUUACAGAUUUUCUUUCUUUCUGUGUGAUUCCUUGCCAAUGAAAUACUAGGGAGAAGAGUGUGGUACAAAAAAAAAAUCUUAAUAGCUGAGCAUUGCUUGUCUGACAAUUAGUUGUUAUGUCAUCAUUUUACCUGCUGGCUUCAGGGCAAAAUUGUGAAUCCUAAGGUCCUAAAAGAAAAAGCAGCUUUUCCUCAAGUAAGAAUAGAUGUUAGUGCUUCUUUAUUACUUUUGUUCCUGGGUCCUCUCAGGGGUGAGGCUGGUUUUUGCAAAGCACAGUGAGCAGCUAGCCAUAGUACCUGCAGUGCAGAUCUCAGUGUUGGAAACCAGUGUGGGGAAUGGGGAGCAGCUCUUUGGGCAGAGGCAGACCUCGAUCGGAGCUGGAAACCUCUGCCUGUUUAAAAAAAAAAAAAAAAAAAAGUGAGGCAUCUGGUUUUAUGCGUUAUACAGGGAAGGACUAGGCCAACCACUGCUGUGGUACUUGCGCAUAAAAGUCAUACAGAUGGUCAGGGAUUCGGGAUCAGCCGUGGCAUCCUCCGAAGCGAAACUCGAAGUUGACUUUUAACCCCAAACUACAAAUUCAGUCUCAGCAAUUGUCCACUACCCAUGAGUGAUUAUAACUGUUCCUACAUCUGAUAAGUAGA